GGCGUGAGGACCGAGGCCGGUGGUUGGUUUGAUCUGAGCCACGUGUGCGUCCAUCCUCUUCUCUUCGCCGCUUCAUGGAUGUGAUGAAACGUUGGCUUCCUCUGCCGCCCGGUCCCUUCUGUCUUGGCCCAGGUUUUGCUGACAUGAGAUGAUACGCAAUCCUAGAGGAAGGAAACAGACAGUCGUGCUACAGUCCGUCAGUCUCUGGUGGGUUUACAGCUCAAUAACUAGUGUCAAGUCGUCAAUGAAGCAGGCAACAAACUGUGGUUGUUCUCCAUGGUAUGAAUCCCUUUAGAAUGACUAUGAAGCAGAACAGAAGAAAAUUCCACUAAGUACAUCAAAGUGAUACACAUGAUCUCAUGGCUAUGUCAUGGCUCUGCUCUGAGAUGAUGUUAAAGCGGGGGUUCAGGCUCAGGAACAUGCUCUACCUCCACAACACAGGGCAGCCUUGAACUCAGCACCGUCACCCUCUCUAUCCUCAGCCAUGAGUGUCACUGUAAGCUGAUACUAUGUGAUCAACAGCACCGUGGCACCUAACAUCCUGCUGCUUCACCACCUCAAUAAAACCUAGCUGCACUUUUCAGUCCGAGUUGUGAAAAUGGCGGAAGAGGGUUUCCAGCUCAGAACUCUAAACAGCGCAGAGGACACUGAGCUCCAGCCAGCUGACUUCACAACGUCAUCACUAGCAUCCCUCCAUCUCAGGGACGAGGCUGUGGUCAUCAACCAUAUGGGGGAUAAUCCUGAGCCUCAUUCUGCACUUUUUGUGAUGAUGUCAUCAACGCUUAACCAAUCACAACAGCAGACAGACAUAUCCAUGGCUACCGGGUUUGAGCCUUCACCAGCGGUUCAAGAGUUCUUGGAGCCUGAGAUGGGGCAAAACGACAGCGAGCCUCAGUCUCGCACCCUGACAGCGUUCCUGCAGGACCUUUCCUCCCCUGAUCAGGAUGGUGUGUUGACUGACCGGAAAACCAACGCUGUAAAGGAAGGAGAACCUCAACCCAAGAACAACAUAACCAAAGCGAUGGCCGCGUGUGACUGCUGCUCUGAUAACAGCCAUCUGUCCGAGGCAGAGUGGUACUGGGGAAAUACCUCAAGAGAGGAAGUCAAUGAGAUGAUGAGAAACACUCCUGACGGCACGUUCCUGGUCCGAGACGCUUCUAGUAAGGUUGAGGGGGAAUACACUCUCACAUUAAGGAAAGGUGGCACCAACAGACUGAUAAAGAUCUACCAUCAUGGGGCGAAGUACGGCUUUUCUGAGCCACUGGCCUUUCACUCGGUGGUGGACCUGGUCCAGUAUUACCAGAACAAGUCACUGGCCCAGCACAACUCUAAACUAGACACACGGCUCCUCUAUCCCAUAACAAGAUAUCAGCAGCAGCAGGUUGUGAUGGAGGUUGACAUUGAUGCAGUUGGAGAACAGCUGAGGAUAUUUCAGGGUCAAUACAAAGAGAAGAGCAAAGAGUAUGACUGUCUGUUUGAGACGUUUAACCAAACCUCACAGGAGCUGCAGAGCAAGCAGACAGCCAUAGAGGCUUUCAAUGAAAUUAUACGGAUCUUUGAAGAGGAGUGUGAAACGCAAGAACGCUACAGCAAAGAAUACAUCGACAUGUUCCUCUCAGUAGACAGCAGGACAGAGUCAGACAAAAUUCAAAGCAAUUCAGAUGAACUACAGUCAAGGGUGGAGGAGAUCCACAACAGCAAGAAGAAGUUGGAGGAGGAGCUGAGGAAUAAAGCGCUGGCUCACAUGGAGGUUGAUAAGAAAAUGAACUGUCUGAAGCCUGACCUCGUGCAGCUCAGGAAGAUCAGAGAUCAAUACCUGCUCUGGCUUACCCAACAAGGCACAAGACAAAGCCAGAUAGAUGAUUGGCUUGGUAUCAGGAAUGAAGAAGACCCAUACACUCUGGCAGAUGAUAGCGACCAGGACGAGAGGAGCUGGUACGUUGGCGGUAUGAAACGUAAGGAGGCAGAGGAGCUGCUGAGAGGCAGGAGAGACGGGACCUUCCUCAUUAGAGACAGCCAGACUCAAAAAGGGUCCUUUGCCUGCUCUGUUGUUUUGGAUGGGGAUGUGAAGCACUGUGUGAUCUACAGGACAUCCACUGGGUAUGGCUUCGCUGAGCCCUACAACCUGUACCCAUCCCUGACAGAGUUGGUCCUCCACUAUCGACACACAUCGCUGAUCCAACACAACCAGCAGCUGAAUGUAACCCUGUCCUGGCCCGCUCUCAGCCAGCAGCCCAGCUGAGACACACCAGCAUGCCACCCUGAUGGCACUUUCCCAAAGCUCCACUGUAUUUGCAAAACGAAGCACCACCAUGGACAAUGUUACAAGGCUCUCACGGAGUACCGGUUAGUGUCACCAUACUGUACAAGAAUGUUCAGAAUUAUUUCAGUGCUCAUAUAACUGUAAUAUUAGGGUCACACGAUACUACAACUAGCUUUCAGAAUACUGAACUGCUUCUUAGAAGUAGAACAAACACAACAGAAAAGGCGCAUUCACACUGCGAUACUUUUCCCACAAAGGUUCAUGUGAACUUAGUUCAUGUGAACUCUUUUAUCGCGUUCACACCAAAAAGAGCCGGUACUAAA